AUGGUUGGUUCCUCUGGGGAUCUGGGCGUGGCAGUGGGCGGUGGAGCUGACUAUGGAGAGUUCCCAUUCGUCACAGCAGCCCCUGGGGGUGGGCUCACAGUGGGCGACAUAAUCCUAGAGAUUGGGGGAACGCCUGUGUUAGGGAUGACACUAGGAGAUGUCCGGGGGGUCCUCAACUCCUGCCCCCAUCCCAUUCGCAUCAAGACCGUCUCACCAGGUGCUGUAUGGCUCAGUGUGGUAACUUACUCCUUGGUCUGGGGACACAUUGUGAAUGCUGCUGCUUCCUUUGUCAAUCUCUUAAACCGAUUUAACUAAAUUGAGUUAUAGACUUUGUCUGAGAGGGAAUUGGUUUUUCGUGCCUGUUGCAUAUUCAAACAUGUUACACAGUAAAUGCAUAACAGCGUUGUCAACCCCAACUCCUCCUUCACAUGAUAACACUAUGGGAUUGGUCACACUGCCUCCCUCAGGCAGCUCAUAGAAUAACACUCUAUCCAAGUGGUUGUCCAAACAUUGCUGAAUAAUCACUGUUACUGAAAAAACUAACUUGACACACUUUUAACAUUCUGGUGUUGAAGUUCCUUUCAAUUUGCAUGGAGAUCCCAAAACAUUGGGUCUUUGGUGUAGGAGCCUGGGAGGGAAGUGUAACAAUUCCCGAUGACACAUGAUAGAGUGUCCAGAGAAGGCUGUGUGGAUGUGACCCUGGAGGGGCCUUGGUAUUUAUAGGGGUGGGGGGGUGUCUUUGUUAGGUCUGAACAGAGCAAUAUGUCACUGCUAUGUCACCUGACCGAGGCUCCUCAUCGCCUUGCUGGGGUAGAUUGACGUCUGAAUCGCCAGCAGGACUGUAAAUGGAGCCCUCUGCCGCUGGUAUAUCCAUUAUCAUUCUGUGAGCCAGGCGGCCAGGCAAACCUCUCUCCCUGGGUAUUCUGGCUGCAUGUACUGUGGACAGAGAUGGAUGGGUUGAGCUGUUCUGUGCUGCUGUACUACAUGUACUGUAGGCCUACUCUUCCUCCCCCUUCCCCUCCCCCUCCUCCUCUCCCUCCUCCCACUCCUCCUCUCACUCCUCCCCCUUCCCCUCCCCCUCCUCCUCCCACUCCUCCCCCUUCCCCUCCCCUCCUCCUCUCCCUCCUCCCACUCCUCCCCAUCCCCUCCCACUAUUCCUCCUCCUCUGCAUACUCCUCCACCUUCUCCUCCUACACAAUUCAGGCCGUCAGGGACACUAUUGUGUUGUCAGGCUUUAUACCGCUAAUGAUAUGAUGUGAGAGUAAAUAAGUGUGGCAAAUGAUCCCUCCAUUAUAUCUGCCUGAAACAAGAGGAUUAAAGGGCUUGUACCAACACUGUUCAUGUUUUUGACAGACAGACACUAUCAUUACUGUUUAUGACAACCUUGAGAGCUGAAGUACAGUGUAGGGAAACACUUUGCUUAAUUGAUAUGUGGCAUGUUGUGUUGUGGAGAAGCAUUGGUCAUGGAUGUGCAUCAUUCUGUUGUUUCUGUGAAAACAACAUGGCUCUUUGAAAGCAAGCACUCUAGUUCAUUUUACUUACAGUAUAUGCCACAUCAUUAGUCUGAUGUAGUUUUUAUAUUCAUAAUAAAUCACAAUGCUGGACAGCUGUUACACAAUGCCAACAAAAGCCUCUCAUUAUUACUCCCAGAAAGCUGCACGUCAUACUGACCAUAUGUGGCGGGUCAUGCGUGUGUGUAGGAGACUGCCUGUGCUAAUAAAGUUUUAUUACGUUUCAAUAGCAGCACAGCAGAUUAAAUCUGCACUCAUAUCUGGGCCAGACUAGAGUACAGGACACUGUACCAGAGACGGGGUGGGGAGCUGCAGCAGCAGGAGCAGGGUAGUCGUCCGUCAGUGUGACAAGCAGGAAGACGUACUCAGGUCAUCCAUAACACCAACUGACCUGUCAUCAGAGGCCAUAAAGCACUUCAGAUUAAAUUAAUAGAUCAGAGAGGGGAAUAAGUGCCUGAACCACACUGUUGUGUUUCAUAGCACUGCCUAUGUUAUUACUUUAUGCAUGAGAGGCUGGGAAAUGCCAUAUUAUGCACUCUGGAUGGCUGAUAAAGUGUUUAGAAGGAGAUGUACACUCUUAGAAAAAAGGGUUCCAAAAGGGUUCUUCGGCUGUCCCCAUCAAAUAACCCUUUUUGGUUCCACAUAGAAACCUGUUUGGGUUCCAUGUAGAACCCUCUGUGGAAAGGGUCCUACAUGUUAGGUUCCCUUUAGGUUCUAGAACCAUUUUAGGUUCUAGAUAGCUCCUUUUUUUUUCUAAGAGUGUAUAGUGUAUUAGUUAUGGGUAGGAAUGAUAUAGGGGUAAAUCAAACCUACUGUAGCGAUAGUCUCAUUUUUAUCUGGGAAUGUCACUCUCCUUUUGACGGGGUAUACAAAUAUUUAGACAAUUCAUCAGUUUUUGACUGUUGAGCUGAUAUUGCAAUUUCUUUCUGUCUGUCUUCGUCUCCCCCCCCCCCCCCCCCCCCCCCCUUUAUUUUCUCUCUCUCCUCUCUCUCCCUCUCAGGCUCCGUAUUGUGUAAGGAGCUCAGGUUGUAUCUGAGUAAGUGUUUUACUCCAGGAUCCAUGGACAGCCAGCUUCAGCAGGUCAUCCGGGAGAACCUCUACCUCCGAGCCGUGCCAUGUAAGUCCCAUGUAGCUAUGCCCUCUCCCUCUAGCUGUGCCCCGUUACGGUCCCCUGUUGCUGUAACCUGUAAAUCCCCUUUAAGUCCCUUGCAGCUAUGCCUUCUAAAUAGUUGUAAGUCCCCUAGCUGUGCCCCUGUAUCUGUACCCUGUAAGUCCCCUUUUAGCUGUAACAUGUAAGUCCAUUAUAGGUUUCCAUUUAAAAAUGGAAAUAGGAAUUCGUAUCAGGAUGCACAUUACAUAUGCUGGACAUCACGUCUCAACAUUUAAACACGUCAACAAGUUCCUUAUCUAACACAUUAAUUUAGAUUCAGCGAAAACCUACAUGGCUUUCACCACGAGAACAGUUUUAAUUGGUGUGCAAUCACAAUCAGAGCCCAGGGAAGCUGUUUUUGCCACAUCUGUGUGACAAUGUAUGCAAAUAGGAGAUGUGUUGUGUAGAUUUCAAAAUUUCACCCUGGCUUCAUCAGCCAAACAUUACAAGUUUAGGUGAUAAAAACAUUUCCAUGGCAACUGUCUGUAUUGUUACACUGUUAGCUUUAUCCGGAGUGGCAGUUUCUCCCCUUCGCUUAGAAUACUCUCUGGCCUGUAUUGGUGGUCUUCAUUUUAUGCUAUUUCACAGAGAUGCAUGUCUGGUCUCUCCUUGUUUGGUAACAUAUUCCCUUUUCUCUUUAUUUCGGAUGUGUAAUCUAUUUUUACCCUUAAAGUUAUCUAAAACAUUUGACAAAGUCUCUUGGGUAUAUAGUAUAGAGCAUCUGUUGCUGUCUUAAUAAUCCUUUCUCUAAGGGCCAGAAUGAUGUUACAGUGAGAGUGGACUGGAAAGGACUAUGGUGUGGAUUUCUGUGAAGUGACUGGUGUAAUAUCUGUCUGAUAGGUUUGGCUUGUGUCAUGUUGUCUCUCUUACACAGUCCUUAGUCUGCCUGGCGGGCUGGGCACAGACCACCCUGGCCAGCCCAGCAGCGAUGGGGAGUUUGCCGCAAAUCUCUCGUUUAGCCAGGAAGUAGGUCAUGUGGAACAGUCUGCCAGACCAGUCAGCCCUUCGACUACGUGUCUCUCUGAUUCGUUGAAAGUGCAAGGCGCAGGUGACAACUCCCAAGAAUACGUAAGAAAACAACAAGACAUUCUGUGUCUUUGAGCUUUGAACACCAUCACAUAAAACAGGCACACAGGCACACAUAUUCUCCAAACCAUUUUACAUAACAAUUCCAUUUAUCCAGUUUGUAAUUAGCUAGAUGAGGGUGGAGGAUGAUGGAUCAGUUUGAUCUUAGUCUGUAAAUGUUUUGCAUCUGUACUAUAAAUAUACUCAGCAUUUAUGGUGGUAGAGCCGGGUGGAGAUAGACUUGUGACACAACUUCCUGCCUGGCUCUGUAAAUUGGAGUAACAUUGAGGCAGCAAGCUCAGCCCGUGGUUGUGUAAUCCUCUGAUCUGCAGGAGAUGAAUGACACAGUAAUAAGAUGCUUCUGCUGCUCUCCCUCCUAACACAGACAAACACUGUAACAACUUUUAAACCCAUCCAAGUUUGCUCACUUGCAAAAACACAAGUAAGCAAGUCAACUCAAAUGACACUCUGUUAUUGGACCUUAUACUUAUUGUUUGUUUUGUUUUUCAUGGUGGAAGAAGACAUAGUGCAUGUGGCUAAAACUUCAGCCUAUGGAGUAGAGCGCAACAGUGGCUCAGUGUCACCCCCUUCAGGAGCUAUGUUCCUCCUAACAUUCCAUUAUUUAUACAAACCUAAAACUAUUUAGUUAAAUGAAGCUAAUUACCAACUGUAGAUCACAGACUGGAGUGAAUGGUGUGUAAACGUAGUCAGCUCUGAAAGCCUCUUAUCUACUCCAUUAGGCCUGGUUUACUGUCUCAUAUCAAAAUGUUUUUAAGAUGAGGUGGCAAAUCUUGGCUAAACUGACAGUUAGCUACAACAGUGGGCUUAUAGGGUGAAGUCGCAUUAUAUUAUAUUCAAAUUUGAUGUCUUGCCUUUUCAAAUAAGUGGCUCAUGUUUGUAAUAUUUUUUUUAAGAUAUGCUAAAUAAAUGUGUUAAUUUCUAUUUGAACAGUGAAGUGAGUGUGUGGAUAUCAUCAGUGUAUUGAAUUUGUAUUCUGUUCAUAGGGGACCUGAAAAAUAAUUGAUGUGCAUUUUGCUUUGAAAGUAUCUCAAUCCCCUCACCAUUUAAAACAUACUGUGUCCUCUACUCUGCAUUCUGUUGCCACUGGCAAGGAAAAUGUUUACAUAGUGACUCUCAUAAGAGCAUGACAUGAAAAAUUUAAAUGCUAAACAGAAUUAAGUAAAUGCAGGUCAUUUAUCAAUAAUUUAGCGGCAGAAUUAAAUUAAAAGCAGGCAUGCGGUCGUGCCGGGGGGAGGGUGGGCAGUAGACAGCUGGCUACCUAAUGUCUCUAUGGGUUGUUAUGACACCGACACAACAUUAUCAUGAUUCAUUUGGGAACUAGAUGCUGUAUGAUGCACUCUUCUAGGAACUGUUUGUAUUAUGCCUUUGUCCUCCAACCCCCCACCCCUAGUGGCAUCAUCAGUGCAUUGGUAUAUGGUAUCUGCCCUUGACCUUACAUAGGAUGAUUCAAAGUCAGGGAAGACCUCCAUGAAUUCUAAAUGACUCAGAGAUUGAAAAAAAGCCAUUGUACCGGAUUAUUUACGUUAUUUUCCAUUUAGUUACGUUGGCCAGUGAUGGCGAGUUCUGGUGUUGAUAAGAAGCUGUUUAAUUACCCCUCUACUCAAAUCACUCCUCCUAUCUCUCUCCCUCUCUCUGCCUGUCUCCCUGGUCCAGUGGGAUCAGUGGGGGGCCUGAGGGGAGACGCAUGGAGAAAUAUGUCAAUAAUCCCAGCUAUCUCCUGCUGACAUGUCCUAUAUAUCUCAGAGGAGGGCAUGGGUAAUGAGUCCCAGCCCCAUCCUUCACACACACACACACACACACACACACACACACACACACACACACACACACACACACACUUUUGCUAUCAGAUUUGCUAUCUGAAUUUUUCAUUAGAGACAGAGCCUCAUCUUCUGUUGCUGAUUGGGACGUAUUUAACAGGCUCUCAGGGUAUAAAGAGGAUAGGUGUGUGUGUGUGUCUGUCUGUCUGUGUGUGCUCUCUCCUGUGUGUCAUUGUAGUGUGGAGUGCUGUGCCCUCCCUGAUGGUGAGACAGCAGUGCAUUAAUCAUAUGUUUUAUGGAGUAACUGGGUUUGUCCUCCUACUGGCCCCACUCUGCCAUGAUAUGUGUGUUCCUCCAGAAGGACAAGGAAAAGGACAAGGAUUUGACCUUCGCUUGCUGUUUGGACAGUAGCGAUGUGUGGGUAAUAUCACUGGGGAUGCCAAGCCAGGAAAAAAAGCCAUAUUACAACCUAUGUGUUGUGAUAAUUGCAUUGUUUGUUCUAUAACCUGUUCGUUCAUAUUCCUUGCCUCCGUGAUAUAUAGCCCUAAGGCUGAGACAAUAAGAAGACACUGUGGUAGAAUAAAUUCAACCACACCUUUAUUUCAUCACAAAACCGGAGAGCAACAUCUGUCCACAAAGCAUAAUGCAUGUAACAUACAGUUACAUGACCUACGGCAUGGUCAAUCAAGUGAAUGUUUCCGACAUUUUCAGACUAUUAAACAACAUUCAUUAAGAACCACAGAGAGUUACUGCGAGUUUCAAAGAAAACCGUAGCUGCCUCCACUAUUCCAGCACCAUUUCAACUUCAACAUUUCAACAUCAUCAAAUCACCUAUGCUUAGUCGAAUACAGUGACAAUUAAAAGAUACCAAAAACAAUUUAGUCCAAUCAACGUAAGCUAACUAUGAUCUGGCUCUCCGUGGUAGACUACUGAUUUCUGAGUGUGUGUGUGUGCGUGCAAGUAGAAAAAACAUGUUGACUCACCCUACUUGUAGAGAAACGCCAAUGCCAUCCUCUUCUCGUUCAUGUCGCCGAAACGGUCUAUGACUCUGUCAUACAGUAGGCUACAUACUUUUAGUUUUUGUUGUCCUGACUAAAAUGCUUGCUCGCUAGCCUAACUUUGUUUCAUGGGCAACGAUGAGCCUGCUAGUUAACAUUAGCUUACUACCUUUUUUUUUUUUUUGUCAUUUUAGCAGACGCUCUUAUCCAGAGCGACUUACAGUUAGUGAAUACAUAUAUAUAUAUAUAUUUUUUUAAUAUAUAUAUUUUUAUAUAAAUACUGGCCCCCCGUGGGAAUCGAACCCACAACCCUGGCGUUGCAAACGCCAUGCUCUAUCAACUGAGCUACACCCCUGCCGGCCAUUCCCUCCCCUACCCUGGACGACGCUGGGCCAAUUGUGCGCCGCCCAUGAGUCUCCCGGUCGCGGCCGGCUGCGACAGAGCCUGGAUUCGAACCAGGAUCUCUAGUGGCACAGUUAACACUGCGAUGCAGUGCCUUAGACCACUGCGCUACAUCUACCUACAUACUGAACUUCCAUCCUCUCAGGCCAGGGGCACAAAGUAUGAAUUUAUGGUUGGAUCAGAAUCACUGUUAUAAUCAUUGGCCAGGACAGAGAAUUAAGUAAAACCACAAGUCCAAAUCCCUAUCUCCGUCCAUGGCUAAUUUAGGAAAGGGCCAAUUUUUGCUAGCUAGCUAGCCACCGGAGGACAAUAACAGAAUGAGAUGCAACAAUAUUUUUUUUCUGUCAAUUACGUUUGGCUUUUGUUGUGAUGUGAUUGGUGUGAAGCCAAAUCCAAACUAGCUUCCCUUGACACGUUAUUUUGGAGCUCCAGGACCAUUCACAGUUGAGCUCACUCAGUUUAGCUCAAUGCUGAUUGGUAUUCUCUUCAACUGUUUACCAUUUAUGUUAGCGAUAUCUUGAUCACUGACGGUGGCAGGCUAAUUUAGCCUCCACAUUUCCACCCUGUUAGGUUCCACCCUGUUAGGCAUAUGCACCUAACAUGGUGGAACAUGCACCUAAUAGGGUGAACAUUUUGUCAGAAAAUAAAUUACUUGUGGCAAUAUUUAUUACCAUUUACAUAAUACAUUUAUAUUUUACGUAUCCCGAGUGGCGCAGUGGUCUAAGGCUCUGCAUCGCAGUGCUAGCUGUGUCACUAGAGAUCCUGGUUCGUAGCCGGCCGCGACCGGGAGACCCAAGGGGCGGCGCACAAUUGGCCCAGCGUCGUCCAGGGUAGGGGAGGGAAUGGCCGGCAGGGAUGUAGCUCAGUUGGUAGAGCAUGGCAUUUGCAACGCCAGGGUUGUGGGUUCGAUUCCAGUAUAAAAAUUUAAAAAAUGUAUGCACUCACUAACUGUAAGUCGCUCUGGAUAAGAGCGUCUGCUAAAUGACUAAAAUGUAAAAUGUUAUUAUUUUAUACUUUUUUUAUCAAGGGAGGCCAAAUGCUUGCUGGCUUCCCUUGCAUUCAAUGCUAUGGGCGGCAACAAUGUCAUACUCUUUUUGACCAGACAGCAUCAGAUAGAUGGGCUACACAUACAGAGACAGAGGGAUGUUGUUUCGUUCGCUCGGAUGCUUUCUCCGGAUGUCACGAUCGUCAGGGAGAGACCAAUGCGCAGCGUUGAAGGUGAACAUAUUUAUAUUUAUUUAAUGAUCACACGAUCAAAACAACAAACGAAAACGUGACGUCUACGGUUUAAACACAAACCAACACGAACAAGAAACCACAAACACAAAGUGAAAGACAGACAGUUAAAUAUGGCUCCCAAUCAGAGACAACCAGCUGACACUCGUUGCCUCUGAUUGGGAGUCACUCAGGCCAACAUAGAAAUACAAACAUAGAAUACACAUCCUGGCUCAACAUAAUAGUGUCCCCAGAGCCAGGGCGUGACAGUACCCCCCCCUAAAGGCGCGGACUCCGACCGCGGCAACUAAAUACCACAGGGGAGGGACCGGGUGGGCACUCCGCCUUGGCGGCGGAUCCGGCUCCGGGCCUGAUCCCCACUCCCUCUCCAACCCCCCAAAGUACCCCUGGUCCGGUCUGGCCCCGCUGGCCGGAGCUGGACUGCACACUGAUGGAGCGGAUUGCUCUAGCUCCGGCGUAACGCAUCUGACCGGUGCCGGACCAGGCACCAGUGGAACAGGCACGGGCCGUGCUGGACCGACGACGCACACCACUGGCUUGGUGUGGGGAACAGGCACGGGCCGUGCUGGACUGACGACGCACACCACUGGCUUGGUGUGGGGAACAGGCACGGGCCGUGCUGGACUGACGACGCACACCACUGGCUUGGUGUGGGGAGCAGGAGCGGGCCGGACAGGGCUGACGAAACGCACCACAGACUUGGUGCGGGGAGCAGGAAUGGGCCGGACUGGGCUGGCGACGCGCACCACAGACUUGGUGCGGAGAGCAGGAACGGGCCGGACAGGGGUGACGAAACGCACCACAGACUUGGUGCGGGGAGCAGGAAUGGGCCGGACUGGGCUGGCGACGCGCACCACAGACUUGGUGCGGAGAGCAGGAACGGGCCGGACAGGGCUGACGAAACGCACCACAGACUUGGUGCGGGGAGCAGGAAUGGGCCGAGCCGGGCUGACAAAACGCACCACAGACUUGGUGCGGGGAGCAGGAAUGGGCCAAGCCGGGCUGACGAAGCGCACCACUGACUUGGAGCGGGGAGCAGGAACGGGCCGAGCCGGGCUGACGAGACGCAUCACAGACUUGGUGCGGGGAGCAGGAAUGGGCCGGACUGGGCUGGCGACGCGCACCACAGACUUGGUGCGGAGAGCAGGAACGGGCCGGACAGGGCUGACGAAACGCACCACAGACUUGGUGCGGGGAGCAGGAACAGACCGGACCGUACUGGGGACACACACCACUGGCCCUACACCGGGAUCUGGAACGGGCCGGACCGGACUGGUAACACACCCCAGUACCUCUCGCCGUGCCUCUCCACCUUCCAUCCCCUCUUCGACCAGUGGCCCCCGUAACCUGGCGGCCUCCUCUGCCAACCCGCUGGACCGCUCUAUCGCGGCCUCCUGCUGCCCCGACGUCGUGAGCCCCCCCCUAAAAAAUUUCUGGGGUUCUCUCCUCCCCGUGGGCCAGGCCUCUAUCGUUCUCGCCCAACUCUCGCUCCUCUGUCUCCAACUCCAGCCAUUCUGCUCUUCAUUAGGCUUGACCCAGUCGAAACUCUUCCUCCACUGUUCCCAAGUCCAUCCACUCUGCUCUUUACAAGGCUGGACCCAGUCGAGGUUGCCACGGAGAUCUGCAAGCGAUUCCCCAGGCAAUGGCUCCUGGACACGCUGCUUGGUCCAGUUUUGGUGGUUUCUUCUGUCACGAUAGUCAGGGAGAGACCAAUGCGCAGCGUUGAAGGUGAACAUAUUUAUAUUUAUUUAAUGAUCACACGAUCAAAACAACAAACGAAAACGUGACGUCUACGGUUUAAACACAAACCAACACGAACAAGAAACCACAAACACAAAGUGAAAGACAGACAGUUAAAUAUGGCUCCCAAUCAGAGACAACCAGCUGACACUCGUUGCCUCUGAUUGGGAGUCACUCAGGCCAACAUAGAAAUACAAACAUAGAAUACACAUCCUGGCUCAACAUAAUAGUGUCCCCAGAGCCAGGGCGUGACACCGGUGAGAUACAUUCAGCCUCUUGCGAAUUGAAGGAAAAUUAUAAAACACAUAGAGAUGAAAGAUAAAUUGUUAAAUUAAUUAUUAAUUAUAAUUAUAUAUUUUCUUUUAAAUGUAUUGGUCAAUCUUUUGGGGAAGCCUGGCUUCCCUUGGCAUCCAUGAAUACACGCCGCUGUGUUUGGAAAGGAAUCAUUUCAGACUCAGGCCUGUUUAGAAAGGUUUACAAGCAAAUUGCACUCAUGCUGACAAGUAACAUGUAACUCAAAAAUAAGCGUUGAUUUAAUAAUGAACCUACCUCCCUUUCAUCUCUAUGAAAUAAUAUGAAAUGCUGGAGUCUACAUAUCCUAGUUGCAAAUGCUAUAUACAGUAUCAGUUUCAAUACUUUGUUUAAUUUCAUUAGGAGUAUAUUAAUGUAUUAGGUUGUAACAGUGAACUGUGGAGACAGACUGGGGUGUGUAACGCUCUGUUCGUCUGUUGUCUCCUACCCCUCUCCAGGCACGACCAGAUUGCCCCGUGAUGGGGAGAUAUCAGGGGUGGACUACAACUUUGUCUCCAUAGAAGAAUUCUUCUCUCUGGAGGAGUCAGCAGCGCUGCUGGAGAGCGGCAAGUUCAAAGGUGAGCAGCGAAGAGGCCCAGGUUGGUAUUCAUUCACUCAGUCAUCUCUCUCUGGCCCCAACUGCAUUGUCAUUUCACAGACAUUCUUUCAUGAUCAAUGCACUACAGGUUGUAUAUUGCAGAUAGAUAAUGAUGAUAGUUUAUAUACAGUAUAGGGGUAGAGUACUAACCCACAAACCAAUACACACAGCCUCACUUACCAGGCAGUCUCAUGGCUGGUGAAUGUCACUCAAAUAAAUCAAAUUAAAUGUUAUUUGUCACAUGCUUCGGAUACAACAAGUGUAGACUAACAGUGAAAUGCUUACUUACGGGCCCUUCCCAACAAUGCAGAGAGAAAAAUAUAAAAAUAAUAACACAAGGAAUAAAUAUACAAUGAGUAACCAUAACUUGGCUUACACGUCCCAGUACCGAGUCGAUGUUCAGGGGUACGAGGUAAUUGAGGUAGAUAUGUACAUAUAGGUAGGGGUAAAGUGACUAGGCAACAGGAUAGAUGAUAAACAGUAGCAGCAGAGUAUUUGAUGAGUCAAAAGAGUUAGUGCAAAAAGGGUCAAUCUACAGUUGAAGUCGAAAGUUUACAUACACUUAGGUUGGAGUCAUUAAAACUCGUUUUUCAACCACUCCACAAAUUUCUUGUUAACAAACUAUAGUUUUGGCAAGUCGGUUAGGACAUCUACUUUGUGCAUGACACAAGUAAUUUUUCCAACAAUUGUUUACAGACAGAUUAUUUCACUUAUAAUUCACUGUAUCACAAUUCCAGUGGGUCAGAAGUGUACAUAUACUAAGUUGACUGUGCCUUUAAACAGCUUGGAAAAUUCCAGAAAAUGAUGUCAUGGCUUUAGAAGCUUCUGAUAGGCUAAUUGACAUAAUUUGAGUCAAUUGGAGGUGUACCUGUGGAUGUAUUUCAAGGCCUACCUUCAAACUCAGUGCCUCUUUGCUUGACAUCAUGGGAAAAUCUAAAGAAAUCAGCCAAAAAUGUUAGACCUCCACAAGUCUAGUUCAUCCUUGGGAGCAAUUUCCAAACGCCUGAAGGUACUACGUUCAUCUGUACAAACAAUAGUACGCGAAUAUAAACACCAUGGGACCACGCGGCCGUCAUACCGCUCAGGAAGGAGAGGCGUUCUGUCUCCUAGAGAUGAAAAGUGCAAAUCAAUCCCAGAACAACAGCAAAGGACCUUGUGAUGAUGCUGGAGGAAACAGGUACAAAAGUAUCUAUAUCCACAGUAAAACGAGUCCUAUAUCGACAUAACCUGAAAGGCCGCUCAGCAAGGAAGAAGCCACUGCUCCAAAACCGCCAUUAAAAAGCCAGACUACGGUUUGCAACUGCACAUGGGGACAAAGAUCGUACUUUUUGGAGAAAUGUCCUCUGGUCUGAUGAAACAAAAAUAGAACUGUUUGGCCAUAAUGACCAUCGUUAUGUUUGGAGGAAAAAGGCGUGGCUUGCAAGCCGAAGAACACCAUCCCAGCCGUGAAGCACAGGGAUGGCAGCAUCAUGCUGUGGGGGUGCUUUGCUGCAAGAGGGACUGGUGCACUUCACAAAAUAGAUGGCAUCAUGAGGAAGGAAAAUUAUGUGAAUAUAUUGAAGCAACAUCUCAAGACAUCAGUCAGGAAGUUAAAGCUUGGUCGCAAAUGGGUCUUCCAAAUGGUCAAUGACCCCAAGCAUACUUCCAAAGUUGUGGCAAAAUGGCUUAAGGACAACAAAGUCAAGGUAUUGGAGUGGCCAUCACAAAGCCCUGACCUCAAUCCUAUAGAAAAUGUGUGGGCAGAACUGAAAAAGCGUGUGCGAGCAAGGAGGCCUACAAACCUGACUCAGUUACACCAGCUCUGUCAGGAGGAAUGGGCCAAAAUUCACCCAACUUAUUGUGGGAAGCUUGUGGAAGGCUACCCGAAACGUUUGACCCAAGUUAAACAAUUUAAAGGCAAUGCUACCAAAUACUAAUUGACUGUAUGUAAACUUCUGACCCACUGGGAAUGUGAUUAAAUAUAUAAAAGCUGAAAUAAAUCAUUUUCUCUACUAUUAUUGACAUUUCACAUUCUUAAAAUAAAGUGGUGAUCCUAACUGACCUAAGACAGGGAAUGUUUACUAGGAUUAAAUGUCAGGAAUUGUGAAAAACUGAGUUUAAAUGUAGUUGGCUAAGGUGUAUGUAAACUUCCGACUUCAACUGUAGAUAGUCCAGGUAGCUCUUUGGUUAGCAAUUUUGCACUCUUAUGGCUUGGCAGUUAAAGCUGUUCAGGGUCCUUUUGGUUCCAGAUUUGGUGCAUCGGUACUGCUUGCCAUGCGGUAGCAGAGAGAACAGUCUAUGACUUGGGGGCUGGCGUCUUUGACCAUUUUUAGGGCCUUCCUCUGACUCCAUCUGGUAUAGAAGUCCUGGAUGGCAGGUAGCUAGGCCCCUGUGAUGUACUGGUCCGUACGCACUACCCUCUGUAGUGCCUUGCAGUCGGAUGCCAAGCAGUUGCCAUACCAAGCGCUGAUGCAGCCAAUCAAGACGCUCUCAAUGCUGCAGCUGUACAACCUUUUGAGGAUCUGUGGGCCCAUGCCAAAUAUUUUCAGCCUCCUGAGGGGGAAGAGGCAUUGUCAUGCCUUCUUCACGACUGUGUUGGUGUGUUUGGACCAUGUUAAUUCCUUAGUGAUGUGGACACCAAGGAACUGGAAGCUCUAGACCCGCUCCACUUCAGCCUUGUCGAUGUGGAUGGGGGCGUGCUUGGCCCUCCAUUACCUAUAGUCCACAAUCAGCUCCUUUGUUUUGCCCACGUUGAGGGAGAGGUUGUUGUCCUGCCACCACACUGCCAGGUCACUGACCUCCUCUGUAUAGGCAGUCUCAUCAUUGUCGGUGAUCAGGCCUACCACUGCCUUGUCGUCAGCAAACUUAAUGAUGGUGUUGGAGUCGUGAGCGGCCAUGCAGUCGUGGGUGAACAGGGAGUACAGGAAGGGAAUAAGCACGCAUCCCUGAGGGGCCUCCGUGUUGAGGGUCAAUGUGGCGGAUGUGUUGUUGCUUACCCUCACCACCUGGGGGAAGCCCGUCAGGAAGUCCAUGAUCCAGUUGCAGAGGGAGGUGGUCAGUCCCAGGGUCCUGAGCUGUUGGGGCGGUUUGCGAAUUGGAGUGGGUCCAGGGUGUCUGGGAUGAUGGUGUUGAUGUGAGCCAUGACCAGCCUUUCAAAGCAUUACAUGGCUACCGAUGUGAGUGCUGCGGGGCAAUAGUUAUUUAGACAGGUUACCUUGGUGUUCUUGGGCACAGGGACUAUGGUGGUCUACUUGAAACAUGUACGUAUUACAGACUGGGUCAGGGAGAUUUUGAAAAUGUCAGUGUAGACACCCGCCAGCUGGUCAGCGCAUACUCUUAGUACGCGUCCUGGUAAUACAUCUGGCCCCGUGGCCUUGUGAAUGUUGACAUGUUUAAAGGUCUUACUCAGGAGAGCGAGAUCACACAGUCGUCCGGAACUGCUGGUGCUCUCAUGCAUGGUAGAUAUAAAGAUUUUCUCAGAGGAAGCCUUAUUAUUUCCAUGUAGUUAAUGACACCAGGUCUUUUACAGGUUUCAUUCUCUCCACCCCAGGAGGGUUAGAGUUAGACUGCUCUCUCUGAUUAAAAAGGCACCCCCGGAUUAGUAUAUAUAAUUCAUAAGAGUUUAAUGGUUGCAAUAAAUGCCAUCUUCACCUUGCCUCGCAUGUGACAUUGGCGGACGUACGGCUUCUAGAAUCAGGCAUCGGCAAGGCUGCAGUGGAGUUGUUGUACUUGACGAGUACAACAUCAGUCUAAUGUUUCUUCUUACCCUGAUCUGACUGCACAAGCUGGAGGAAUACAGUUAAGUAAUUUGAUUUGUACUAUAGCUGCCACAACAGAAGGAUAGAAUUGAAGGAGAAAAUAGAGUAGACUUUACUGAUCCUAAGUGUGGAUGGUAAUCAAUGUGAUGUAUGCACUGCACUGGAACACUUCCAUCAUAAUAUCUAGGAUUUACUGUAUUUUCUAGAUUUCGUAUAAUGAUAGCCAUUUCAAAUGUGUGUUUGGGAUCUCCAUCUCUACUUUGAAUUGCUUUACCUCUUACCCUUUUCAGAAUCAUUUAUUUUAUUUAUUUUUUCCCCCAUUCUUUCUUGGCACUAAGGACCAACACUACCAAUAUGAUUUUAACAAUAACGUUGUGGCUUAUUCACUCACUUUCUCUUACACCUCCUCCUCCUGUCACGUGUUCUCUCUCAGGGAACUACUACGGCACCCCACGGCCAGUACACAUCGGUCCAGAGAGCCCUCCCAUCACCUACCAGGAACACCGCAACCUGCUUCGGAACUUCCGGACACGCAGCAAGUUGCUUAGCAACCUGGAGAAAGCAGCAGAGGAGGAGGAGAACAGCGAGGAGGACUCUGGCCUGUCAGGCAGGUUUACCAAAGACAGGCUGCUCCCCCGUAAGACUAUAUGGGUGACCAAUUUACUACAGUCAUAUAUAGUGUUAAUACAUAUUAGUAGUAGCAGUCAUAGUAAGCGUAGUGUAAGUAGUAGUAGUAGUAACAGUAGUUGCAUUAAAUUAUUUUAAUUUUAAACCUUUUCGUGAUUUUAAGUUUCCAAAAUGUGUGAUUUGUUUCCCACAAUUUGUUUUGGCAGGUAUGGUGGCCAGUAGCUACUGUAAGAAUUGUAAAGACUGUAUUGUCCUUCUGUACCUCAGAGUCUUUGAUGGCCAAAUUAAUCAAUGAUUAGCAUGAUUAGUAUGCUCCUGGCUCUAUGUGGGGCUGUGGCCGCAUCGAUCGCUGGACUUUCUCCAGAGGAAGGUCAAGCUGACCAAAGGCAGGCUGUGUGGCAGGCAGGGAGCAGGGAACUGUCCAUGGACCUGACCUGUGCUGCUGAGUCAUCUAUCGCCUGGCUAUGUGGUGCUGAACGGGGUGUUGGCUGGGCUGGCUCUGACUGCAGCUCUGGGUAUGCAGCAGGCCACAUCCUCCCACGCUUAGUACAUUCUAAAGGACAGGAGGGUUAAGCAAAAGCUGUAUCCAUAUACCCUGUACUGUACUGUACUGUACUGUAUGGAAUGCAUGCCUUGCUUAUUAUUUAUUUUUUUACACUAGACUCGAUGGGUCUGGAUUUGGAAAUGUGGAUUUAAAGCUAGCUUUAAACUAAAUUCAGUGUAGACAAUUUCCAUGAUUCCAGAGAUUAUUCAAGGGUUCUAUUUUCACUGAGUGUAGGCUGAGAACAACUAUAGUAACCUGUCAAACACUAGUUUUCAGUUACAUCAUUUUGCCUGUCCUCUUCAUUGACGUUUCAGGUGGAUCAGCGGGUAUCAGCAAUGCCCAUCCCAUCUCCCUGUCCCCCUGCCGGUCAAGAGGGUCCAGUGGGGGGUAUGGCAGUGCCAUGGAGAACGGCCAUGGCAGCACCAGUGCCAGGGUGCCAGCAGUGAUGCCUAAAAACUGGGAGGAGGCCUUCAGCAACUCAGGAGAGCCUUUCUACAUAGAGUGAGUUAAUCAAAUCACAAUUUAUUCAAAGUGCAUUUAACAAGGUCACAACACACUUUACAGAAAGAAAGAAAAAAGAAAGUGACUGUUCUAUUCUAUUCUAUUCUGUUCUAUUCUGUUCUGUUCUGUUCUAUUCUGUGUGGAUAGACUGCUGUCUUGAAUGUUUUGGUUUGUUUCUGGUCCAGGAUUAGUUUCCUCUGUAUCUUAAAGGUGUUGACUUGUAAAUACUGUUAUAUAGCAUCACCAUGGUGGUGGUUGAUUGGUGACUUUGAGGUGGCCUGUCUGUCACUCUCUUUUAGCCAUUACUCCAAGACGACCAGCUGGCAGGAUCCUCGUGCUCAGAGCAGCAGAGAGACGACGCUUGACAAGAAUGAAUGUGAGCUCUCUCCCACUCUAUAAUUAUGGAAACAGUACUGGAGCUUUUAACCAUUGGACUGCCUAAUGCACUGUAUGUUAAUAAGACGAGAACUAUAGGACCAUAGGCACAGUGAGCCUGUUAAUAGAUUCAAAUGAAAUGAAAUGAGCUUUUAGUAGAAUUGAGAUACUGUGUAGUGAUUAAUCCCUAACCCCAUAACAGCAAGCCAGGAGGAACCACUGGCACAGGUCUGUUCUGCUGUGGAUGACAGAGGCCAUGUGUUGGGCAUGACACUGACAACCUUCUAUCAUAAUUGUGUCAUGUGAUUCACAGAUAAAACAACCCUAAUACAACAACGUUUGACCAAUAUAGCUGAUUAUAGAAAUUAGAGCCCCAUCUGCCAUAAUAUCAUGUGUAAAGCUGGUCGGAAUCUUAGUGGGUUGCAUUACACUGUUUUAACCAGCAGGAGGUGAUACAGAUCAGGCAGAGAGUUUAUUUCCUUUUCAAGGGGCUUGAAUCUUCUCUGUGGGCCAUUAUGACAGGGAGGAAAAAAACUUUGUCUGCAUGUCUAUUUAUUUCUAAACGUUUUGCACUAAGUGCCAUCUGGCCAUGAGUUUGCAGUGUUGUGCGUCUCUUAACUCAGCUCUGAACAGCACAUUCUAAGCAGUUCACUCAUUCACACACACAGGGUGCAACCUCUCUCUCUGUCUCUCUCUGUCGUUCUCUCAACCUCUUCAUGGUGACCUUUAUUUCCUCUUUACCUUCCAAUUGCACAAACAUCUUUGUCUCUCUCCCUCUCUGUUGUAAGCAUCUCUCUCUUUGUUUCUUUUCCCUUUUCACUCCUUUCCGUAUCUUUUCCCCCUCUCUUUCCAUCCCUCCAUCUCGUUUUCUCAGUACCAGGGUUCACAGACCAGCCAGGGGAGCUGAGGGGUUUCUUUAUCCACACGUGCCUCUCUAAAGGUCCCAGAGGGUUUGGUUUCAACAUCGUGGGGGGCAGCAGAGCCAGGGAGUUCCUUCAGGUCUACAGUGUCACGCCAGGGGGACCUGGAACUCUCAACACAGGUAGGAGGGAGGGAGGGAGGGGACAAUAUACCAAGAGAUUAUUUUUAUUAUAGAAAAGUUUUACACUUGUAAAUGUAUUGAGAAGGUGAUUUGAAACAGCAAAAAUGCAUUUUCAAAGUCUUUAAUAGUCUUUCCUAGGAAUAUGUUAGAUUUAGCUUCUUUAGGGUAUCAGAACUUUGCCAAUGUUGACAUUACAGUAUAUUCCUCGUAAAUGUCAUUGUCAAUUAAACAGAAAUUAGUCUUGGCCUUAUGUUUGUGACAGAUUGAACUGUGGAUUAUUGAGCGUUAAAGCCGGAUGUUUUGUAAAGCUCUAUAUUUAUUGGCAAUAAAAAAAAUUUUUUUUUAAAAAGCUAUUAGCUACACACUGUUGAAUACUUGCAGACUGUGAAAAUGGACUCCUGUAAACUCUCUCUCCUCACUGUAUUUGACCUGCGUCUGUGUUUUUUAACCUGGUUUAAAUGUGUCUUGUUUAGGCAGUUGGAGAAUAUUCUAUCUCUCUUUGUAACUAAACUCAGAUAUGUCAGUCCACAGAAUCACAUUGUUGUUGUUGUUGUUGUUACGAUACUCACUUGAAUGUAAAUGCUAUAUUUAGUACUGUAAUACUGUAAAAAGCAUGUGACUAUAGUUGGUAUUAUACUGUAGCGCGUGCUCAUAACUACCAGAUAAGCUCUCUCUCUCUCUCUCUCUCUCCUCUCUCCUCUCUCUUCUUCUCUCUCUCUCUCUCUCUCUCUACUCUCAUCUCUCAUUUUUCUCGUGGUAUCUCUCUCUAUCUCUCUCGUCUCUCAUCUCUCUUCUAUCUCUCGCUAUCUCUGCUCUCUCUUCCUUCGUCUCUCUCUCUCGCUCUCUCUUCGUCAUUACAAAACGUGAUCUCUCACAGAGAGUAGAUCGCAAUCAAUCCCUAAUCCUAAUGGCAUGCAUGCCAUAAUCUAGGUAUCAUCACAUCCAGCAACACACGUGCAUACUGUAUGUGCACACUAACACUCACUAACACCCACUAACACACACUAAUAGACACUAACACCCACUAAUAGACACUAACACACACUAACACCCACUAAUACAGACUGUGAAACCUGUCACAAGCACCCAGAGUUGAGCAUUUUAGAAGGGUGGGAUACAGUUAAUAUAUUGUGUAAUAGUAGAGGGAUUAGUUGGUAUGGUUACAUUUCACACACACCCACACAAAGAUAGCAUAGCAUUUAUGAACUAGAACUACAAUGUCCCUCAAACAAUUUGCAAAUAGAUGAUGUGAUGUUCUGUAUGUAGGUUUUAAAGGUAUACUAAUGCUGUGGGAUAACUGAACCAGAACCCUUUCAACCCAUCCUCUCUGUCCCCACAGCGGAUAUCCUGGUGUACAUCAAUGACGUCUGUGUCCUGGGAACGUCUCAUAAAGAGGUGGUGGAGAUGCUGAAGGCAGUGCCUGUGGGCCACAGUGUGGACGUGGUCCUCCGGAGGGGCUAUCCCAUGCUCUACAACCCAGACGGCUGCCUCAAGCAGCCCCAUCCUGGGUCAACUGAUGUCUGUGACCCCCUCCUCCCACCUACCACCACCCAGCCCCAGCCCUUACACCAGCGCCUCCCACGCCCAUCCACAGCCCCAACCCAGACCCAGUAUCUUAAUCUCAAUGGGGUCCUUUCUCACCACCAUGACGUGGGUUAUAUGGGACCAGGAGUGGGGCCGGGACUGGAUGCCAAUGGGAAUGCCACCUCCACAGCUACCCGACCGCCACCCUCUUACAGACGCUCCAGCGGAAACCUUGCUCACUCCACGGCCCCUACACCACCCUCUUAUAGAAGAUCCAGUGGACAUCGCUCUGACUCCACUGCCUAUGAUUCACCCUCGUACAGACGGUCUAGUGGGCAUCCUGCUCACUCCGCUGAGCCAAUCUCAUACAGACGAUCCAGGCGCCACCUAUCUGAAUCCACCUCCCCUACACCACCAUCUUAUAGAGGUUCCAGUGGCAGCAUCACUCUCUCCAUCCCCCCGGUCCGCCCACCCCGCUCCCUGAGGGGUCUCGCCCACCUGCAGGCCCCUGAUAACUCCCAGAGUGACAGUGAGGUGGUCUCAGCCUUCGGCUCACACAGGUGACACACACACACACACACAAAAUGUAAUUUACAGCUGUUUAUCUCUCAUGGAGAACAGUGACUAUCUUUCUGUCUCUUUUCUUCCUCUGCAGGGCAUCCAUGAUCCGUAACCACAACAAUAACUCCCUCUCUACCCCCCCCCAGCCCCUGCGCUACAGAACCUCUAAGAGUGACCUGUCAAACACCGACCUGUCCACCUCCUCCACACUCCCUGUGUCCAGACUGCCCAUGCCCCAGUCAGAGAGACCCCGUCUUUCAACCUCCCCAGGCGGGGGGGCGUACUCCCGCCUCAUCAGGCCCCAGGCUUCUCUGCUGAGACCCCCUCCCACCCCCGACAGCCCACAAAUCGGCUUCAACGGCUUCCAUGGCAACACCAGUGGCAGUGGCAGCCCCAGCAGCAUAUCGUCUCCGGGGGUGAUGAGCCUGUGCAGCGGAGUUGGGGUCGAAGGAGUUGGGGUUGGAGGUGGAGGGGAGCUGGUGCCUGUGGCCCUGGCUCAGUGUGAGGGGGGAGGAGGUAUGGGCUUCAGUGUGACGGCCGGGGGACAGGGAGGCAGGCUGGCCCUGGUCAAGAGGGUCUGGGAUAGGAGGCAGUGCUCCUCCCUACAGCCAGGGGACGCCAUCAUGAAGAUCAACGGAGCAGACGUCCAGAGUCUCAGCUUUGCACAGGUACUGAGGAGGGAAAAGAGGAGAGAAAGAAGAUAAGGAAAGAGAUGGAGAAUACAUACGUUUAGGGAAAGUUAAAUCAGAGAUACUAAAGUGAUACUUUUCCUUCUGGUUUUCCCUCCAGAUACAACGAGUUCUCCAGGAAUACACCAAACAAGGAGAAGUUAUCCUAUUGGUUCACAGAGGUGGUAAGAACAUUAGCUACUUUCCUGCAAACGUGUUUUUAGGAGUUUUUAUUUACUGUAUUCAUUACACUGUUUCUCAGUGAUGAAUAAAACCUAAAAAAAAAAUAUGUGUCUUUAGUGAUGUUAUUCCCCUUCUUCAGGUUCCCACCAUUCUUCCGUCUCCCCCAACUCUAUGCGGAGAGGCCCUUCACCACUCCUUCGCCCCCCUCCUUCACCUGUGGCCUCAGACAAGAACCUGUCGCCCCCUGCAGAAGUCCUGAUCCCACCCCGUCCCACCUCCACCCCUCCUCCCCCUCCCCCAGCCAUGGUGCGCUCCUCUCUGGUCCAGAGCACCAGUUUCCUGGAGUCAGUCCCAGUCACCCUCCCCAUGGAGCCCAAAGACUGGCUGAACGCAGGCAUGACGUAUGAGGUGGACAGGGGGGUGGUGGUCCCAGGACCAGGGCAGGAGGGAUUGGGACGGAACCGUGUGCCCCGGGGGUUCGACGUGGAGCUGAGAAGGAAGCCGGGAGAGGGGUUCGGAUUUGUCAUCGCUUCACAUGAUGUAGAGAAGGGGAAAGGUGAGAACUAAUUGAUUUGUAGCAGAGCACAUUUCAUUUUACAUCUUCUUAUUGAUUGGAUUGAUGACUUUCGCUUUCCCUCGCUUGAAAGUCGUGAGGUAUUAUAUUAGAGUUACUGCAGAAAAUAGGAAGCAUAACUUUUUAGACCAAAUCCCUUAUCUUGUCCCCAACAAAUGUCAACGGCAGUCAUCACCCAGUGAAAAGUUGGCGUUUCGCAUGAAGAGAAAGGCUUCCUAACUGGACAUACUGUUCUGUAGUUUGAUGAAUAAAUGAUUAUGGCUGCAUGACAGUCACUGAGUCAUGAUGAUGAGUCAUAGGUCUCUGUCACUUAAAGACAGACCCCCCCCUGCCCAUGAUGACAUCAUCCUGCGCAUUGCUCAUGAUCUUUUUAGUGUUUCAGCCAGCGCUCCAGAUACUAUGGAGUCAUAAAACACAAAAACAGUCCAAUGACAGCAUUUAUUGCACUGCAUUUAUCCCAUUUCCCUUCCCUUCCCCAUUAUGCUAAAGCUGGGAUUUUUAUUUAUUUAUUUUAUUUCACCUUUAUUUAACCAGGUAAGCCAGUUGAGAACAAGUUCUCAUUUACAACUGUGACCUGGCCAAGAUAAAGCAAAGCAGUGCGAUAAAAACAACAACACAGAGUUACAUAUGGGGUAAAACAAAACAUAAAGUCAAAAAUACAACCGAAAAUAUAUAUACAGUGUGUGCAAAUGUAGCAAGUUAUGGAGGUAAGGCAAUAAAUAGGCCAUAGUGCAAAAUAAUUACAAUUAGUAUUAACACUGGAAUGAUGCAAGAGAUGAUGUGCAAAUAGAGAUACUGGGGUGCAAAUGAGCAAAAUAAAUAACAAUAUGGGGAUGAGGUAGUUGGGUGGGCUAAUUUCAGAUGGGCUGUGUACAGGUGCAGUGAUCGGUAAGGUGCUCUGACAACUGAUGCUUAAAGUUAGUGAGGGAGAUAAGAGUCUCCAGCUUCAGAGAUUUUUACAGUUCGUUCCAGUCAUUGGCAGCAGAGAACUGGAAGGAAUGGCGGCCGAAGGAGGUGUUGGCUUUGGGGAUGACCAGUGACAUAUACCUGCUGGAGCGCAUACUAUGGGUGGGUGUUGCUAUGGUGACCAAUGAGCUAAGGAAAGGCGGGGAUUUGCCUAGCAGUGAUUUAUAGAUGGCCUGGAGCCAGUGGAUUUGGUGAUGAAUAUGUAGUGAGGACCAGCCAACAAGAGCGUACAGGUCACAGUGGUGGGUAGUAUAUGGGGCUUUGGUGACAAAACGGAUGGCACUGUGAUAGACUACAUCCAAUUUGCUGAGUAGAGUGUUGGAAGCUAUUUUGUAAAUGACAUCGCCAAAGUCAAGGAUAGUUGGAUAGUCAGUUUUACGAGGGCAUGUUUAGCAGCAUGAGUGAAGGAGGCUUUGUUUGCGAAAUAGGAAGCCGAUUCUAGAUUUAACUUUGGAUUGGAGAUACUUAAUGCGAGUCUGGAAGGAGAGUUUACAGUCUUACCAGACACCUAAGUAUUUGUAGUUGUCCACAUACUCUAGGUCAGACCCGUCGAGAGUAGUGAUUCUAGUCGGGUGGGCGGGUGCCAGCAGCGUUCGAUUGAAGAGCAUGCAUUUAGUUUUACUAGUGUUUAAGAGCAGUUGGAGGCUACGGAAGGAGUGUUGUAUGGCAUUGAAGCUCGUUUGGAGGUUUGUUAACACAGUGUCCAAUGAAGGGCCAGAUGUAUACAAAAUGGUGUCGUCUGCGUAGAGGUGGAUCUGAGAGUCACCAGCAGCAAGAGCGACAUCAUUGAUAUACACAGAGAAAAGAGUCGGCCCAAGAAUUGAACCCUGUGGCACCCCCAUAGAGACCGCCAUAGGUCCAGAUAACAGGCCCUCCGAUUUGACACAUUGAACUCUAUCUGAGAAGUAGUUGGUGAACCAGGCAAGGCAGUCAUUUGAGAAACCAAGGCUAUUUAGUCUGCCAAUAAGAAUGCGAUGGUUGACAGAGUCAAAAGCCUUGGCCAGGUCGAUGAAAACGGCUGCACAGUACUGUCUAUUAUCGAUUGCGGUUAUAAUAUCGUUUAGGACCUUGAGCGUGGCUGAGGUGCACCCAUGACCAGCUCGGAAACCGGAUUGCAUAGCGGAGAAGGUACGGUGUGAUUCGAAAUGAUCGGUGAUCUGUUUGUUAACUUGGCUUUCAAAAACUUUCGGAAAGGCAGGGUAGGAUGGAUAUAGGUCUCUAUCAGGAUCUUGUUAUGCUGCUUCCUUCCUAGUGUUUGUGUGUGUGUGUGUGUUGAAGUGUUAAAUUGUUGUUAUAGGGUGUAAUAUUUUGUGUGGUGGUGCACGUGUUCAAGUGCAUUUGAUGAAUAUGUACACUACCAGUCAAAAGUUUUAGAACACUUACUCAUUCAAGGGUUUUCUUUAUUUUUACAAUUUUCUACAUUGUAGAAUAAUAGUCAAGACAUCACAACUAUGAAAUAACACAUAUGGAAUCAUGUAGUAACCAAAAAAGUGUUAAACAAAUCAAAAUAUAUUUUAUAUUUGAGAUUCUUCAAAAAGCCACCUGUUAAUAGAAAUGCAUUCCAGGUGACUACCUCAUGAAGCUGCUUGAGAGAAUGCCAAGAGUGUGCAAAGCUGUCAUUAAAGCAAAGGGUGGCUAUUUGAAGAAUCUCAAAUAUAAAAUAUAUUUUUAUUUGUUUAACACUUUUUUGGGUUACUACAUGAUUCCAUAUGUGUUAUUUCAUAUUUUGAUGUCUUGACUAUUAUUCUACAAUGUAGAAAAUUGUAAAAAUUAAGGAAAACCCUUGAAUGAGUAGGUGUUCUAAAACUUUUGACGGUAGUGUAUGUGUGUGGGAUUCGCAUGUGUACUGUAUACGCUAGCCCUCGUGACAAUCAAUGGAAUCAAUAGUGAGAUUAUCCAGCGUGAAGCCCCAUGCCACAGGGCUAUUAGGAGCUAAGCCACACAGGUUUAUAUGUGUCAGUGCUCUUAUCUAAAUCAGCCUGUCAGCUCCAUUUGCCUCCAACAGAAUAACCUUUUGAUGAUAACACGCUGCUUUACACCGAUACAGUCCUAAUCCUGCUGUAACACUACAGUAUACUGCACGUUACAGAUGUAGGAUCUUAAUUUGACCUAUAUUGUGACAGCAAAAUAAUCCUGCAGCAACAGGAUUUGAACGUUUAGUCCAUAAAGUUGCUUGAUCGGUGCUUAGGCUAUUAGCUGGACAAAAGUAGGCUACAAAAAAGUAGGCUACAUGAAAAGUGCAAUACUGUUAAUAAAACCGUGUGUUAGUGUGGGUUAUCAGUGAAUUUAUGUAAAUCGUGAAGCUCAUCUGCAUUUCCUGCGGUGCAAAAUUCUCAGCAACAUAAGUGAUCAAAUUAAGAUCCUACACCUGUAACAGCACAAUUAAGCUAGUUUGUGUUCUCAUUACGGCUGUGAAGGGGGAAAACAUCCCACCUGUUUAACUAUUAGCUAGAGGGCAUUAAUGAAAUACAGUAUACCAUCCAUUCCAUCCCACUGGGCACAGACGUCCAUUCAACGUCUAUUCCACGUUGGUUCAAUGUAAUUUCAUUUAAAUGUUGUGGAAACAACUUUGAGUCGACCAGUGUGUGCCUAGUGGGAUGUGAUUAUUUAUCCUCCUGUUUCCCCUCUCUUUGUAUUUGCCCCUCUGACCGUUCAAUUCUAAUGCAGUUCAAUUUGCUUUAUGGGCAAAGCUAACAUACAUUAAAGUUGUCAUAGCAAGAUUAAGGUUGUAAAUCCUUGGUGUUCUCGUCUCAACAGGACAAAGAAUGUCUCUCUCCAUUAUCCUCUCUCACCCGUAUUUCACCUCUGUCUUACCUCAAUAACUAUAGUCUCCAUCUCCCUCACUCUCUCUCUCUCUCUCUUCCAUAAUCUAUCCUUUUCUAUAUACCGCACUCUCCCUCUCUUUCUCUCUACACCCCUUCUCUCUGCAGUGAAAGGAUUCAGUCUGGUUUCUCUAAAGAUUAAAAUUCCCCCCCCCCCCUUCCCUCUCUCACUCUCUCUUUCUCUCUCCUCUCUCUCGCUCUCCAUCUCUCUCUCUCUCUCUCUCUGAAUUGCUUUAGUGAGACGCUACACUGAACCAGAGCAACAGCAGGGACAUGUUUUAGUUAAUAGUUUUUUUUAUUGAUCUGACUCCCAUCCAUUUACAUCUAAGCAUCUCCAGGCUGUUUUGUUGGAAUUCAGGAUUUUUUGUGCUACGUAUGUUAUUCAAAGAGCCAUGUUGGAAAGACUACAGUCUGCUUUGAAAACUGUCAAGGACUCCAAACGUAAUUAUGUUGUGUAGUUUAAUUUAAUGCACUGUUUUAUAGCUUUAAUGCACUGUUAGAUAUCUUUGGGAUAGUGGUGGUAUUUAUAUGUGCGUGUUUUGACUUUAUGGUUUCUGGUUGAAUGCUGUCUGUCUAAGUUUGAUGCUUUCUGUGAGUUAUGACACUGUGUGAGUAUGUGUGUGUUUGUGCAUACGUGUGUGUUUGCGUGCAUGUGUGUAUGUGUGUGUAUGAGAAUUUUGUUUAAUUGAAAUUAACAUGACAGAUUUGCAUCAAAGCUGUCAAUUAGUUCAACAUCUGCAAUAUGUUUCUCAUCCUUUGUGUCCUGGAGCACCAUUGGAGUUUGAGUCAUUCAUGGCCUGAGGUGUACUGUAAGCAGUUAACAGUUGUUGUACUGUAGUUGUGGAUGUAAUCCUACAAGUGGUAAUAGUAGUGGUAAAAGUACCAGCAGUACUUGAAGCAGUAGGGAGUGGCUGGAGUGGAGAGUGCGAGGUGGCUCGCUGAUUGAAAUGAGGUCGCUGAUGUAGGUGUGGCUCAGUCCAUUCAAGGCUUUAAAUACAAGCAUGACAUUUUGAAGUCAAUCCUGUAGUUGACCGGUAGCCAGUGGUGUUGGGCCAGGAUCGGGGUGAUGUGGUCUGACUUAUUGGUCCUGGUCAGGACCCUGGAAGCACUGUUCUGGAUUAGUUGGAGCCUCUGUAGUGAUUUGGCUGUGAGGCCCCCAAACAGUGCAUCGAUCCGAGAGAAGAGGAAGGCGUGAAUGAGUUUCUCUGCAUCUGGCUGGGAGAGUGAUGGUAUGACCCGGGCAAUGUUUUUAGGAUGAAAAAUAAUGUUUUAAAUAUUUUUUGUGUGGGCAACGAAGGACAGAGAAGAAUCAAACUUGACUCCUAGGUUGGAGAUGACAGAGGACAGGUAGAUGGCCUGGCCGUUGAUUGUAGGGCAGAUGUUUCCAGCACUAGUGACCUGCUUGGGUGUCCCAAUAAGCAUAGCCUCAGUCUUACUACUGUUCAACUGGAGGAAGAUCUCUUUCAUCCAUGCCCUGAUGUCCUUUAGGCAACUGCUGAGUUUUGCCAGCGCAGAGAUUAUUUGGUGUUAAUGUAGACCUGGGGAUCAUCAGCGUAGCAGUGGAAGUUGAUGUCCGAGAGGGAGCAUGUAAAUUAAAAACAGGAUAGGCCCGAGCACUGACCCCUGUGGGACACCGCAUGUGACUGCAGACUCCUCCGAUCUGGACUCUCCAAUAGUGAUGUAUUGCCUCUUAUUGGAGAGGCAGGAGGAGAACCAGUUCAGAGCUGUUCCAGAGACAGCAGUUUGCUCACUGAGACACUGCAGGAGGAAGAUGUGUUCUACGGUGUCAAAAGCAGAACUGAGAUCUAAGAGGAGGAGGAUGCUGGGAGAUCCAGAAUCAGCAGCCAUCAGUAUGUCGUUAUGAACUUCAACCAGAGCUGUUUUGGUGCUGUGCAGACUGGAAAACCUUGUACAACUGAUUAGAUGACAGAUGCGAUUGAAGCUGGUAUGCAACCACUUUCUCCAGUACUUUUGAUAGGAAGGGAAGGUUGGAGAUGGGCAUGUAGUUGGAUAGGAUGUCCUGGUUCUGUCCUAGUAGUAGUAAAAGCACUAGUAAUUGCAACAGUAGUGGUAGUGUUAGCAGUGUGACAGUGGGAGCUUAGGUAGCAGUCAGCAGGUAUUACUGUCUGUAGUAAUGGCAGUAGCAUUUAUCAUGCUAGUUUUAUCAGCAGUUGUGCUAAUAUCAUUAGCAUGCAUGUACCGUGUCCAUUGCUUCUCCUGGCUUUAACACAUUUACUGUAUCUGCAGCCUUCUGUGAUGGAAGGAAACCCAGAGUGUACCCAGAUAUGGAGAGGGAACAGUCCUUUGACUGUGAAUUAGACUCUGGUUUGUUAGAUUAUCAUCCGGAUGUCAUCCUCAGCACACCACAUCUGCCAGACAAUCAUAGUCUGGGUUUACAGUCUUAUUGAUACAACAGUAACAAUGGAACAAAUGGGAAACCAGCAAGUACAGUAGCUACAAUACUGUAUGUUUUUCAUCCUAAGACUAGGAAGAGGGAAUGGGCCACAGUGUAGGAUAUCUGAUGAACGAGUGUCUGUCUCUGGGUGUUGAUGUUGUCUGAUGGGUUAUAUAAUGAUGAUGGAAACACAGGACAGACAGCUGUCACCACACACAGCCCAGUACACCUAGGAGAGAUAAAGCCUUAGAGAGACGGGGGAGGCAGACCCAUGGGUGUUACUGUAUGGCAGGGGGACAGGGACAGGGAGAGACAUGGAGGAACGAGAGAGGAGGGAUAGAGAGAAAGAGAGAAAGAGAGGAGGGAGAGAGGGGAUAGAGAGGAGAGGGGGGAGGAGGCGUAUAGAACGGGAUGAGGGACGAGAGGAUGAUACAGAGAAAGGGGAUGAGGGACGCGGAUUUUUCUCGAGGAAAGGAUGCGGGAGAGAGGAGGGAUACAGAGGAAGGGAUGAGGGAGAGAGGAGGUAUAAAAAGAAAGGGAGGAGGGAGAGAGGAGGGAUGCAGAGAAAGGGAUGA